AUGGUACAGCUUCAACUUUCGUUAUUGUUGGUACCUAUUAUAUCGCUACUCCACCUGGUGGUAGCCACGCCCUACGAGGCAUAUCCCAUUGGGAAGCAGUACCCUCCGGUGGCAAGGCUCAAUGAGUCGUUCACAUUCCAGAUUUCCAACGAUACCUACAAAUCUUCCGUGGACAAAACAGCCCAAAUUACAUACAAUUGCUUCGACUUGCCGGACUGGCUCUCGUUCGAUGCCGGUUCAAGAACCUUCUCAGGCGAGCCUUCCUCCAACUUACUAUCUGACGCUAACACUACACUAUACUACAACGUGGUACUUGAAGGUACGGAUCCUACUGAUAGCACGACUUUGAACAACACGUACCAGUUCGUAGUCAGCAACCGUCCAUCCAUCUCUUUGUCGUCGGAUUUCAACCUGUUGGCGUUGCUGAAAAACUACGGUUACACUAACGGUAAAAAUGCAUUGAAACUUGCUCCUAAUGAGGUUUUCAAUGUGACUUUUGACCGUUCGAUGUUCACUAACGAGGAUUCCAUCGUGUCAUACUACGGGCGCACUGAAUUGUAUAAUGCACCUUUACCCAAUUGGUUGUUCUUCGACUCCGAUGAGUUGAAAUUCACUGGGACUGCACCCGUAAUCAAUUCAGAAAUUGCCCCAGAGACAAGUUACGAUUUUGUCAUUAUUGCCACAGAUAUCGAAGGAUUCUCCGCCGUUGAAGUGACGUUUGAGUUGGUUAUUGGUGCGCAUCAAUUGACUACCUCCAUCCAAAAUAGCCUAAUUAUAAACGUCACGGAUACCGGUAACAUCUCAUAUAAUUUACCUUUAAGUUAUGUGUAUCUCGAUGACGAUCCAAUCGCUUCCGAAAAAGUGGGUUCUAUAGACCUGCUCAAUGCUCCGGAUUGGAUUUCAUUAGACAAUACCACCAUUUCUGGUUCUGUUCCAGAUGAUAUGCUCGGUAAAAACUCCAACCCUGCCAACUUUUCUGUAUCCAUUUACGACACUUACGGUGAUGUGGUUUAUUUUAAUUUUGAAGUGGUCUCUACGACAGACUUAUUUGCUAUUAGUUCUCUGCCCAAUAUCAAUGCCACAAGAGGAGAAUGGUUCAGCUAUUUUUUUCUGCCCUCUCAGUUCACAGACUAUUCAAAUACAACAGUCUCGCUGGAGUUCACUAAUUCAAGCCAAAAUCACGAUUGGCUAAAUUUCCACUCUUCUAACUUAACCUUGAUGGGUCAAGUACCCAAUAAUCUCGAAAAGCUUUCAUUGGCCUUAAUGGCGAAUCAAGGCUCUCAUUCUCAAGAGCUAGAUUUCAACAUUAUUGGUAUGAAUUCAAAAACAACUCACUCGAACCAUAGCUCGAAUGCUACAUCUACAAUGAGCUCUCAUCGCUCUACUUCAACGAGUUCUUACACAACCUCUACACAGACCCAAACUAUGUUGACCUCUACAGCUACUUCAUCCUCAGCAGUGGUACCCACAGCAAACAAGAAGUCCUCUCACAGCAAAAAGACAGUGGCCAUCGUAUGCGGUGUAGUCAUCCCUCUGGGCAUCAUUCUCAUUGCCGUCAUAUUGUUCUUAAUCUUCUGGAGACGUAGAAAAGAAAAUUCUGACAAUGAAAAAUCACCAAAUGCUAUCAGCGGGCCUGAUUUAGAUAAUGCUGCAAACAAGCCCAACCAAGGAAAUGCCACGUCUUUGGAUAACCCAUUCGAUGAUGAUGCCUCUUCAUAUGAUGACACCUCGAUAGCAAGGAGAUUGGCUGCUUUGAACACUCUAAAGUUGGAUGAUCAUUCCACGUCUGAAUCGGAAAUCUCCAGCAUCGAUGAAAAGAGAGAUUCUUCAUCGGUUAUGGACAUGUACGAUGACGCAUUUCAGUCCCAAAGCAAAGAGGAACUACUCGAAAAAUCACCAGCACAGCCUGUAGCAAGCCCCUUCUUUGACCCUCAGAAUAGAUCUUCUUCAGUUUACAUGGACAGUGAGCCGGCCGUAAAUAAAUCCUGGAGAUAUACGGGCGACUUACCAGCAGUUCCUGACGGUGUCAGAGACAGCUAUGGCUCACAACAAACAGUGGAUACAGAGAAACUAUUUGACUUGGAUGUGCCGCCAAAACAAAAACAGAACAACACAUUAAGAGACGUUACUUUGUCUUCAUUGGACCCAUGGAACGACAAUAUUAAUGAUUCCUCGAUAAAGAAUACAAGGGCGCCAACGCCGAAGAACAAAACAACAAAUGGUAACCUUCCCUUGCCAGAUUCUCGUUCUGUAACAAAUGGAAGAACACCAACAACAAUGUCAACCUCGUCUUCUGAUGAUUUUGUUCCAGUCAAAGACGGUAAGACUUUCUGCUGGGUUCACAGUACAGAACCAGACAGACAACCAAGCAAGAAAAGACUUGUGGAUUUUUCAAACAAGAGUAAUGUCAAUAUUGGUCAAGUUGAAGACAUUCAGGGACGCAUCCCAGAAACGCUAUGA